AGCUGCCCAGCUACAGAGACUGCCGGUCCUGCCCCGUCCUCUGCUUCUCGUGCCAGCAACUCAGACCAUGGAAGGCUCCCGCCACAACAGUGUCUUCCUCGUUCUUCUUGUGCUGUGUGUCAGGCUGACCCUAUCAGAAGCUGGAUCCCGGAAGACCAGGGCCACAGCCUGUGCUCCGUGGUGCCCUCAGAACUCCAAGUGUGUCAGCGCCACCACCUGUCGUUGCCUGCCGGGAUUCAGUUCUUUGUCUGGAGAGCUCAUCACCAACCCCUUGGAGAUUUGUGACGAUAUCAAUGAGUGUGGACCACCAGUGACAGUGUCCUGUGGAAAAUUUGCAGACUGCCAGAACACGGAUGGGAGCUACUACUGCACAUGCAUCCCGGGAUAUGAGCUUGUGUCUGGGGGAGCAACAUUCAGGAAUGAGAGUGAGAACACGUGCCAAGACGUGGAAGAAUGCAAGCAGAACCCCAAAAUAUGUAAAAGCCGCAGCAUCUGCAUCAACACCCAGGGCAGCUACACCUGCAAGUGCCAGCCCGGCUUUGAGCUCAACCCGAAGGACCCGAAGCAGUGCACAGACGUGAAUGAAUGUUCCAGCGGGCAGAACCCCUGCCACAAGACCACCCACUGCCUCAACUUCGUGGGAGGCUAUGAGUGCCGCUGCCGCCCCGGCUGGAGGCCGGUCCCUGGGUCCCCCAAUGGCCCAAACAACACCGUCUGCGAAGAUGUGGAUGAGUGCAGCUCCGGGCAGCACCAGUGUCACAACUCCUCUGUCUGCUUCAACACUCUGGGCUCUUACCAGUGCCGCUGCCGCCUGGGCUGGAAGCCCAAACUGGGAUUCCAGUACAACCAGAUCACCACCGUCUGUGAAGAGUUCACCUUCCCCACCAUGACCCUGCCUGAGAUCAAGAGCAAGAGACUCUCCAAUUUCUUUGAACAAGUCCAGGGUCUGGAGAGAAAAUUCAACGCAACCAAUGUCCAGGACACGAUCAAGGAUUUCAUCAGAUUACUGGAUGACCUGUUGAAAAACCCUGGGGACCUGGAGGCCCUUGCCCUUCCUGAACGACACCGCAAGGCCACCGACCUGCUCUCAUACCUAGAGAUGAACCUGAGGACCCUUGCCAAGUACAUGCCUAAAGGAUCCUUCACCUUAGAUUACCCUUCAGACACAGUGCUGUCCCUGGAGAUUAAGGAUGCAGGGAAUGGAAAUGUCACCAUGAAACAGGGCCAUGCAAAGAUGCUGCUGAACUGGGCUGUGGCUACUGGAGCUGAAGACUCAAGUCCCACUGUGGCAGGCAUCUUCUCUAGCCCGAACAUGCGGAAAAUGUUGGUCAACGCCUCCUUGGAUCUGGACCCUGAGGAGGAAGCCGAGCUGAGAAUGAUUCAUAAAAGCCGCAGAGGUGCCUACCCGAGGCUCAUUUCAGCCAUCAACUCUGUGUUCCUGAGCAAUGAGAAGACAGAGAAACUUGACUUUCCAGUCACCUUCGCCUUCUCCCACCUGCAGGAGUUAGGCCAGCAGGAGAUACCUGGACCACGGCAGAAGCUGAUUUGUGCCUUCUGGAAGCAUGACAGCCACAGGACCGGGUACUGGGCCACCACAGGCUGCCGGACACUGGGCAGCAGGAAUGGCAGCACCACUUGCCAAUGCGACCACCUAAGCAGCUUUGCUAUCCUCAUGGCCCAAUAUGACGUGGAGGACCACAGUCUGGCUGUGAUCACCAAGGUGGGACUGUCGCUGUCGGUGUUCUGCCUGCUACUGUGCAUUCUCACCUUCCUGUUGGUGCGGCCCAUCCAGAGCUCGCGCACUACCGUGCACCUGCACCUCUGCAUCUGCCUCUUCGUGGGCUCCACCAUCUUCCUAGUGGGCAUCGAGAAUGAAGGUGGCCAGGUGGGGCUGCGCUGCCGCCUGGUGGCCGGGCUGCUGCACUACUGGUUCCUGGCCGCCUUCUGCUGGAUGAGCCUAGAGGGUCUGGAACUCUACUUCCUCGUGGUGCGGGUGUUCCAGGGCCAGGGCCUGGGCAAGCACUGGCUCUACCUGAUUGGCUAUGGUGUGCCCUUGCUCAUCGUGUCCAUCUCAGCUGCCAUCUCAGCCGCCCUGGAUCUCAAGGGCUACGGCCGUGACCUCUACUGUUGGCUGAACCCCGAGCACGGCUUUCUUUGGAGCUUCCUGGGACCUGUGACCUUCAUUGUUUUGUGCAAUGCUGUCAUCUUCGUGACCACUGUCUGGAAGCUCACUCAGAAGUUUGCUGACAUCAACCCUGACAUAAAAAAAUUGAAGAAAGCUAGGGUGCUGACCAUCACGGCCAUCGCCCAGCUCUUUGUGCUGGGCUGCACCUGGGUCUUUGGACUGUUCCUGUUUGACCCCCAGAGCUGGCUGCUGUCCUACACUUUCACUAUCCUCAACUGCCUGCAGGGUCUCUUCCUCUUUGUGCUGCACUGUCUGCUGAACAAAAAGGUGAGGGAGGAAUACCGGAAGUGGGCCUGCAUGGUUACUGGAAACAAGUACUCAGAGUUUGCUACGACAUCCAUGUCGGGCUCCAGCCACAACCAGACUCGGGCUCUCAGGCCGUCAGAGUCUGGCAUGUGAUGGAGUCCGGGCCAAGCAGUAUCUCCUGUUGCCUCAGCAGCUUUGCACAUGCUGGACUGCUCCUUUUGCCGCCCUGCCCCCACCAAGGCUGGACAGGUGUAGUCUGGCACCCAACACCCAGCUGGUGUGGAAGGUUGGACCUGCAGGGCCUGCUUCUGGCUGCUUUUGUUCCAUCCUGGCUGAGUCGGGGCAGGUGCAGUUGCUGAAGCCCCUUCGCCCUGGUACAGACUCGAGAGCUCUGUGCAGCCAGACCCUUCCCUGGGCUGUCUUUGCUACAGAACAAGAAGCUAAGGGGCUAGGCUCAACUUCCCAAGUAAGCUAAGACUGAGGAUGAGAGAAGGGCCAGGCCCCUCCAGGCCACUGACUGAAAAUAACGGUACGGAGGCCCACCUGCCCCAGUGCAGAGGGUUCUCACUAUUUUGAAAGCUGUGGAUGUUGAAUAACGUUUUGUUGUUUUGUUUUUUUUUUUACAUGAUAAACCUUUCCAUGUUGACACUUUUAAAAAAAUUAAAAAACAAACUAAUACAGAAGGGAGU